AUGGAGCCGGAAGAAAAAAAGAUCUCGGUGUGGAUCUGCCAGGAGGAGAAGUUAAUCUCGGGCCUUACCAAACGUACCACUUGCUCGGAUGUGGUGCGGGUCCUUUUGGAGGAGAGCAAGCAGCGGCGCAGGCGUCGGCAGCAGCAGCAGCAGCAGCAGCAGCAACAGGCAUCGCUGCAGGAGUGCGGCGGGGGGAUGUUGUCCGGGCUCCCGCAGUCUUACUGCAUCGUGGAGAAGUGGCGGGGCUUCGAGAGGAUCCUGCCCAACAAGACCAAGAUCCUGAGGCUCUGGGCGGCCUGGGGCGACGAGCAGGAGAACGUGCGCUUCGUGCUGGUGCGCAGCGAGGCGUCCUUGCCCAACACCGGACCCAGGAGCGCCGAAGCCAGGGUGGUCCCCAGCAGGGACAGCCCGGGACGCCAUGGCUUGGGGGUUGCAGCCCGGGCCAGCCUGGCUUUGAGCCAGGAGCGGCAGCGGCGCGUGGUGAGGAAAGCCUUCCGCAAGCUGGCCAAGAUCAACAAGAGGAAGGGGCAGCCGCAACUCGAGGAGCCGCCGGCUAAGGAGGCCCCGGCGGCCGAGAGGAUGGAGACUCUGGUGCAUCUGGUCCUUUCGCAGGACCACACCAUCCGGCAGCAGAUCAAGCGGCUCCGCGACUUAGACCGGGAGAUCGACCGCUACGAGGCGAGGAUUCACUUCGACCGCAUGAAGCGCCACGGGGUGAACUACGUGCAGGACACUUACUUGGUCGGAGAAGAGCCGGAGCCCCCCGCGGGAGAGCAGGAGGGAAAGGCUCCCGCAGGGGCGGCCCCCGAGGCGGCGGCGACGACGACGACGCCUCCUUCGGCGGGGGAGUCCGAGAAGCCGGCGGCCGGCAGCGAGGGCUUGGAGGAGUUCGCCUGGAAGUGCGAGCAGGUGGCUCGGGUGCAGGAGCAGUGGCGCCGCCAGGAGGAGCUGAUCGAGCAUUUGGCCGGCGAGAUCCAGGAGGAGCUCAACGAGCGCUGGAUGAGGCGGCGCCGGGAAGAGCUGGCGGCCGCCAAGGGCUCCAGCGCCAGCCUCUCCGAGACGGACUGCAACACCACCGAGCUGAGCGGCGGCGGCGGCGGCGAGCUCCACGUGGAGCAGGAGCGCGUCAAGACGCAGCUGAGCACCAGCCUCUACAUCGGGCUGCGUCUCAACACGGACUUGGACGCCGUGAAGUCGGACCUGGAAUUUACCCAGAGCGCCUGGGCCGAUAAAGAGCGCGAGCUUCGGCGCUUGCUCGAUUCCCUGGAGUCCUUACACGUGGAGGAGGGGGAGGUGGAGGAGGAAACGGCGGCGGUGGUGGCAGACGAGGGCGAGCGAGGGGACCUCCCUUUCAACACGGGCGACGAGCUGCCCGCCUCGGUCCCGAUCACCUCGGAAGAUUGGGGUGAGGAAGCCGCCCGGAGUUUGGGCAAAGACCGCGAAGAUCGUGAAGACGAGGAUUCCGACACGGGUUUGAGCUCUAUGCACAGUCAGGACUCGGACUCUGUGCCCGUGUGCGAAUCCCUCGUGUAG